UGGCAAAAGUAAUCUUUCAUUUUGCAUCUGAUUAAUCCAUUAAUUAUAUAUAUAGUUUCUUUCUAAUGCAUGUUUAUACACAAUUGUUAUCAGCCGCAUCAUGAAACGGGAAAUUAUUAAGAGAAACGAUAAGAGAAAUUAGCACUUCAUGUGAAGCACUACAAUUUCCUUUUGUGAUUUGGAAAUCAUAUGUACUAGUACAAUAAAACUAAUGAAGAAUUCUCAAAAUCGAUCAGACCGACCUGUGAGACAGACUAAAACUUCCCAUCUUGUGAGAAGUGAGAAGGCCGGGAAUCACCUUCUUCUUCUUCUUCUUCAAUUGAGAUUGCUCUGAUGAGCUGAGGGAGGGGAAGUUUGCAUUUUGAGUUUUGGACUUUUAUUCUAUGACCAAAAGCACAUGAAUACUCAUGUCCACGUUUAAUGUGAACCACACACUAAAUCUACUAGGAAAAAGGAAUAAAUGAUCUUAAAGUACAUUUUGUCCAUGUUAUUAGCUAGGCGGACCAAACUUUUUGGCUUUACCUCACCUCCAGCAAUUUUCAAAGAAUCUCCCACAUUAUUUUUCCUUGUUUGAUUUCUUUUCACUAAUAAGAGUGUUUUGCCACUGUGAAGCAAUAUGGACCCAUUCAUCAGGAUCAAAGUGUUUGUCUGCCUUUCUUUCUUUCUAAUUUGCUGCCCUUGAAAUCAGCUAAUCAUCAACGCUAAUUUUUUUUUCUUUGUUGAUACCACCCCUAAAUCAAGCAAAAGUUGCUCUGCUAUCUGUAGCAGUAACUAUACAUGCAUGAUACUCUAAUUUGAAAGAAAGAUUCAAAAUCGCUAGUAGCAAAAAAUUUCAAUAAUCGGUGUGGCUGAGGCAGAGCAAUCAAGCUGGCAUAGCUGAGACAGUUGGCACCUUUCCUUCUGCUUCGUGGCUUCUCCACCAAGUCAAGUUACCCAACCAAAAAUGGAAAACAUUCUAAUAAGUGAUUCAAACGGUAUGGGUACGACUCUUUGCAGAAAACAAGUGGCCUGGUGAAGGCAAAAAGCCUUAACAGGAGAGGGAAAUGGAGUGGCAAAAUCAAGAAUUGCAACAACAACGACAAGGAGAAGAGUAUUUGCAGUACCAUAUUCAGAAUGGGGUUUGCGGGAAGGUGAUGACUGAUGAACAGAUGGAAGAACUGAGGAAACAGAUCGUUGCCUAUGCGGUCAUUUCUGAGCAGCUUGCUGAGAUGCACAAAGCCAUGUCUGCCCAUCAGGAUUUCACUGGAAUAAGGUUGGGAAAUCUCUACUGUGAUCCAAUAGCGGCCUCUGUUGCCCACAAGAUCACAGCUAGACAGCGCUGGACUCCAACAGCAUUGCAGCUUCAAAUUCUGGAGAGUAUAUACGACCAAGGAAAUGGGACUCCAAGCAAGCAAAAAAUCAAAGAGAUAACAGCUGAACUGGCCCAACAUGGUCAAAUUUCUGAAACAAAUGUCUAUAAUUGGUUUCAGAACAGGCGUGCUCGUUCAAAAAGGAAGUUACAGGCCUCAGGUUCAAUCAACGGCAAUGCAGAAAGAGAAGCGGAUGCAGAAAGUUUGGGUACAAAAGAGAAAAGGACCAAACCAGAAAGUCUGGAGUUUAUAGAUACGAAAGGGGUUGAAAGAUUCUAUUUCCAAAAUUCUGAUACAGGAAUUGAUCACUUGAUUGGUAAUGCGGGAAUUUCAGGAGACUAUGAUCCUUAUAAUAAUCUAGUUGAACAAUUUGGCUUGCUUGGAUGAAGUUUUGGGGAUUUCUUGUCAUGCUUGGACUGAACCUGUUGGAGUUGAUUUAGAGAGGCCCUUUGAGAAAGAAGUGUAUAACCCGCAGAAAAUUCUCAAGAAUCAAGCUCAACAUGAUCUAAUUCCAGAAAAGUUGCCUUUCUUUUUUGGCAUGAUCAUGGUAUUAUUCUUUAGCUAAGCAAGUUAAGUUAUGAUUGAUUUACGAGUUCCAUUUUGAGUUCAGCUUAUUACAUGGUUGAUACACAUAUGUUUGGUUUGUAUUUCCCUUCUCCGUAGGAAGUCUUUAACCUAACCGCAAGCAAUACAAGUAAAAAUAUUAUAGGUUUUUGAGUGAACAAAAUCAGUUCAAAGCUUUCGUAGCUUCUAAGUAACCAUUGAUAUUGAAGUCCUACAUAUUUGUUGCUUAGAUGCACAUGAAUAAUCGAACAUAAUAUAAGCAGCUACAAAUGCUAUGGUAUGCUACAUUCAUCCUCCAUCUUCCUAGUUCCUUGUGAGAUGAGAAGAAAAUUAGAUAAUAAAUAGUAAAGAAUGAUUAUGCAUCCUAUCACUAUCAGUAUUACAAUAUAUAUGGUAGUAAAAUGAUUAUGCAUUUACUUUACAUGAAGAUUUUAGAAGUACAAACAUUUUCUCUAUUUACAUAACCAAUAAUUACUCCAUACAAAGUCAUUAGAUCAUUUUGCUUGUUUACUACAUAGUUACAAAAAUAUAUAUUUAUACAAGUCACAUACAUUCUGGAUCUGGAACUACAAAAUUGAUGAGAGAGCAAAACUAAAACUUAAAAAAUGUCCUAUCAAACAGCAAACCCCAGCUUCAUAAAAUAGGCCUGGAAGACCAUAAUUGUUGCUGAAGGUGGUUUUGCUCUAAGGUAUCUAUCAGACUCAAAAUAGUUAAUUCACCAAAAUGCACAUCUUGCAAGAACCCACAUCUCAUCAAGCGAGGCUUUACCAAAAAAAAAAAAGCAUGGCGAAAGUAUGUAAAGGCAAAUGGCAUG